AUGCCCAACCUCCUCAAAGACAAAGUCGCGGUCAUCACUGGCGGGACAAGCGGCAUCGGAAGAGCUAUCGCGUUGGAAUAUCUCAAAGAAGGUGCCAGUGUGGUGAUCAAUCAUCUUGGCGAUGACCUCUCAACCCGGAAUUUGGAGGGUAUGAAAAGCGAGGCAUCGUUUGGUUCCACUUUGUUGGGAAUCGCCGGGGAUAUCUCGCAGCAAGAGACGGCCGUCGAGCUGAUCCGGUUUGCGCUGGAACAGCUCGGCCGAAUAGACAUCUUCGUUAGCAACGCAGGAGUCUGUCAAUUUGCCGAGUUCCUUUCGCUCGAGAAGGACCUCUUCGACUCCACCAUCUCCAUCAACCUCUCCGGCGCCUUCUAUGCGACUCAAGCUGCUGCACGCCAAAUGGUAGCGCAAGGAACUGGCGGCUCGAUCAUUGCAAUAUCGUCCAUAUCAGCAUUGGUCGGGGGUGAGUAUCAAUCCCAUUAUACCCCCACGAAGGCAGGCGUCCUGUCACUUAUGCAGUCUUGUGCUUGUGCCCUCGGCAAGUACAACAUCCGGUGUAACGCGUUGCUGCCGGGGACGAUCAGAACACAGUUGAACGAGGAGGAUCUGAAAGACCAGGAGAAACGGAAGUAUAUGGAGGGUCGCAUUCCGCUGGGCAGAACUGGGGUCCCAGAGGACCUCGCUGGACCAGCGGUGUUCUUAGCGAGCGACAUGAGUAGAUAUGUGAAUGGAGCACAACUUCUUGUAGAUGGAGGACUAUUUGUCAACCUUCAAUAAGUGUAAGACUGUCACGGAUUAGUCUUUUCAAGCCAAGAAUCAUUUUUCAGGCGAUAUGCUUCAGUAGCUGUGCCGAUCCAUAUUUUUUCCCUUUCGUUCUCGGAGGCAGUGUAUCGCUCGACAAUCAGUUCCACCACAUUCCUCCGGUGCCGCCAGGACUGUUCCAAUCCUGGUCCUCGGACGGUGCAGACAGGCCAGUCACUGCCGAACAUAAUCCUUCGCGGUCUGAAGGAGUCAAAUAUGACAUCUAACCACGGCUUCAUAUGGGACAUAAUCUGGGCCGGCUGUAUAUUCUGGGCGUCUUGUGGUCGCAUGUCAGAAAAGGCGCCCGAU